AUGGGCGAGGUCGGGGGCCUGUGGGGCGGGCUGGAGGGGGAGGCGGCCGGGUGGUCGGCUCCCUGGCCCCCGGGCAGCGCGCCCUUCGCCGACUCUCCGGGCUUCCUCAACGAGAGGCUGGGCCAGAUCGAGGGCAAACUGCAGCGGGGCUCGCCCACCGACUUCGCCCACCUGAAGGGCAUCCUCCGCAGGCGCCAGCUCUAUUGCCGCACCGGCUUCCACCUGGAGAUCUUCCCCAACGGGACCGUCCACGGCACCAGACACGACCACAGCCGCUUCGGAAUCCUGGAGUUCAUCAGCCUGGCAGUGGGCCUGAUCAGCAUCCGAGGCGUGGAUUCCAGCCUCUACCUCGGGAUGAACGAGCGAGGCGAGCUGUAUGGGUCGAAGAAGCUGACCCGCGAGUGCGUUUUCCGGGAGCAGUUUGAAGAAAACUGGUACAACACGUACGCCUCCACCCUGUACAAACACUCGGAUUCGGAGCGGCAAUAUUACGUGGCCCUGAACAAGGACGGCUCGCCCCGCGAAGGCUACCGGACCAAGAGGCACCAGAAAUUCACCCACUUCCUGCCCCGCCCCGUGGACCCGGCCAAGAUGCCCUCCAUGUUCAGAGAUCUGUUCCACUAUAGGUGAUGCCCGCCCUUCCCGUCCGACUCGCCCUCGCUCUCGGCUCGAGGCCCGGCGCGGCCGGGGGAGGCCCCGGGAGACCCACGUAUAAUCUCUCCCCACCGCCGGGCCCGCCUGGCCACCUGACGGGCGGAGACUCCCCUCCCCGACCCCCCACCCCCCAGGACACGCGACAGUGGGAAAACGAAGAGGCCGGAGCGCCCCCGACAGACCCCGACCGCCGUGCGGAUUUUAAGCACGGAGGCCGUGCAUAAGGACAGAAACUAUUUAUGAAAUGUAUAUGCUAUUUAUUUUAUAUAUUUAUUUAUUUUGAGAAAUAAUUUUAUUUUUAACGAGAGAUGCUCUGACCGGAUUUUCGUCGGGAAGGAGAAGAGGUCCUACUGAAACGGGAGAAGAAGAAAAAUGAGUUUUAAGAGCGUUAUCGGCAAUAAAAUUGUCUUUAUACGGUGA